CGGCUCGCUGUGCGCAUGCGCGCAUGCCGAGCCUCGUCAGGCAGCCUUCCUCUUCCGAGAUGGGCUUGUUUAGGCGAUGAGGGAGGGUUGUGUCCAUGGUGGCGGCAGCGCGCAUGCGCGGCCUGGCGGCACUCGGGUCCUGGCGCCCUGCGGCUUUUAGUUUUCAGAAUGAGAAUGCUGGAAGGCUAAAGGUAUGGGAAGAAGAGGCGUUUCUAAGGCUGUAUCUCCAUUAGGAGUGCUUUGCAGGUAUAGUAUGUGUUGCACAUUUAGCAAUAUGGAUUUCUCUAGCCCCAGCACGUUCUCUGAUCUCGAGAUAUACCUCACUCUGAGAGUGAAACAAACUAGCAAAAGCAAAGCUUUGUGGGUUCAGCUGCGUUUAUGGUAUGGGGGCUUGUCUGCACAGCUGACCUGUUUGAGGAUGCAAACCCUACCCAGGAUAGCUAAGUUUGUAAGACAGAUAUGGCCCGAGCAACCUUAAUUCUUGAACAAAAUGUUGUUUAUGAAUAGCUUUUAGUUUUGCCUUUUUGGAUAGAGAAAUAUCUCUAAUGCAUUAAUUUUCUAUCUACAUUUCAUUCUUUGAAUCACUUGAGAUGCUUCUACUUCUGAAAGGUCUUCGAUUAAUUCACCAGCAGUGUAAAAAAUUUAAAAUACACAACUGUCCCACCUCACUAAGAGGAGUAUUGAUUUAAUUACAGAUAACAAACUUAUGCUUGAUAACUGCUAUUUUAUCUUAGUCGCCCAUGGUUCUGAAUUUCAGAACAAUCAAGCAGAACUGGGUAUUACACUUUUGACAGUUUAAUACAAUAAAUUAAAUUCCUAUCUUCCAACUUUUAUGUGCACGGUAAGGAAUUUUUAGCUUGUCUGGUAGAAUCCUUAAUAGGGUUGGAAGUUAUUUGUGCAGAGUGUGCUUUCUGGAUGAAUCUAUCAGGAAUUACUCAGUAAUUUUAAGUAUGAAACAGUUCUACUUCAGGUAAAUUCAUAAAGAUGACUGACCUGUGCUGUCUACUCUGACUUGCGUAGCCACUGAAGAAAGAAGCUGAGCAGUUCCUCAAUGGGAAAGGUGUUGAAAACUGCCUCCAGCACUGUGGAAGCAUGGGCAGAAAAUAGUCACCUAUUGAGAACCUCAAGGAACUAUUGGGUAAAGUGAUGGAAAUGAAGAGCUUGAACCAUCGCUUCAGCAUGGCAGCAGCUGAGUCUGACAAGGACUCCGGAUACUCAGAUGGAAGCUCAGAGUGCCUGAGUGUUAUGGAGCAGACGGACUCGGAGGACGUGCUAAACACACUGUGUUGGAACACAGAGGAUGGGCCUUGGCCAUGCCCAGUGACUACAAACAGUUCCUUUCCUGCACUUUCUCCUAUGGUCGUAAUGAAAAAUGUGUUAGUUAAACAGGGGAGUUCAUCACAGCUCCAGUCUUGGACUGUCCAGCCAUCCUUUGAAGUGAUUCCAGCUCAGCCACAACUAGUGUUUCUUCACCCACCAAUCCCACCUCCCAUUAACCCUCACCCUGUUGGGAAAAAGAGAAGUGACUCCACUAAUUACCUGCCUAUCCUGAAGUCUUACCCCAAAAUAGCACCACAACCCUGCAAAAGAGAUCACUCCUUGGAUCUAGAGGACAGUGAGGAAACCAGUUGCCAUAAACGCCUCUGCACAGAAGCAGCCAAGAUGGAGACUUCUCCCCAAUCAAGGAGCAUGGGUUUUCCCACUAGUCCUUUUGCCCACCUACCAGUUAGCUUUAAGUCUGCUGAGGAUUCUAACCAGCAGAGUUCUUCAACUCUGGUGACAAAUGGAAAAGUGUCAGCUCUUCCCAGUUUUCAUCAUAUUUCUGCUGACACACAGAAAGUCCCAGGUUUGGCUCCCCUUUUGCCUUUUGGAACCCUGCAGGCAACAAAGUACACCCCUCCUGAGACUACGGCACAGCAUAUGAUGCAGUCUGCAGUGUGGAGCCCACCACUGGUACCAGAGGAGAUUUGCACUACCCCUGAGCUGCUCUUACAACAACAAAGCAAGUGCAGACGCUUUCAGAAUACACUGGUUGUGCUACGUAGGUCAGGCUUGCUGGAGAUUACCUUAAAAACCAAGGAGCUCAUUCAUCAGAACCAGGUGACUCAGGUUGAGCUGGAUCGGCUAAAGCACCAAACACAACUUUUCAUAGAGGCAAUAAAGAACAAUGCUCCACAGUCUUGGGCGGAGCUAGAAGCAUCUCUGACAGGAUCAGAUAAGGCUGAUAGCAACACUGAAGAUUCCACUUAUCCCAGUAUGUAGUAAAAUGGUACAUAGCUGUCGUUCAAGUUAUUCCUGUUGCUCAGAUUUCUUGUCUCAGGCUUUUACUUGAGCAUUUUCUGAGUCCGAGACUUAAAAACUAACUUGCAAAGUGGCAUGCCAUUAACAGCUUGUCUUCAGAGUCAGUUGUGGGACUGGAAUAGCAGGUGGGAUCUUGACAGAGUGGGUACUACUGCUUCAGUGUAACCUUGAACUCCAUGUUAACUCUGUGUGCUUCCUUGGACUUGGGAAGCUUAGAUGUGCUCUGCUAGCAUAUUCCCAUUCAUGCUGUGAAAAGACAGUCAUUUGCAAUAUUCUUCAAGCAAGCAUCUUUCCAAUCCCAUCUUCAGAUAACCAGUUCUGAGAAUGGGACAGCAGAACAGGCCCCAGUAUUGGGCCAUCAUCAGUUGCAAGUAGAUGAAGGGAGGGGGGAAAAGGCUGGUAGGGUGGUAUCUUUAGACUAAUUCACUGUCCUUCGUUGUAGCAGAGAGUCUUUCUUUUGGGUUUAUAACGCUUUUGAAUUAGUGGAGAUCUGCUUGUGCUGAAGCAGCAUUCCGUAUUCAUUGCAGACUGACCAAAGCCAUGAGAGUCUUAGGACCCAUCUGAAAUGUCUUGUUUCUGUGAGUCUAUUUUUGAUUUAAAUCUGUAAAACUGGGUGUAUGAAAAUCCUGAGGUUGGCACUGGAAGUGUUUGUUCCAAAGCCAUAUUUUGUUUGCACUACCCAUUAACGACUAGCAAGUGUACUAAGCAAGUGGCUUUGGAUUUUUUUUGUAGCUAAUAGAUUAAACAUUGACUGUUCUUAUUUAAAAGACUGCAGUAAGUUUUUAAUGUCGUACAAGAAGGUGUUCGUUCACGAGGAUUAAUUGGCAAGCCUAGUUAAACAUUAUUUAACCUAUGUCUCUUUAGCUUACAAGACUCCUUUUUUUUUUUUUUUUUUUUUUUCCUGUGAAAUCAGCUUGCUAAGUGUAAAAAAUGGAGAGAAGUGAAGAGAAAAGGAGUAUACUGGCCUGUGGCGAAAUAGGUCUUUCUCCCAUCUCCCUUCCGCCUCUUUUUUAUUUAGAGAAAUCAGAUGAGUACAUCUGUUUAAAAAAAAAAAGAACCCACAGUUUGGUUAAUCUUCUUAAAAAAUUGAUUUAUCUGAAUUUAAAUUUUUCAAAAAUACUCUCCUUCACUUAAAUUUGUAUCAUUCAUAGCCUACUUGCCUUGAAAUAUAGCCAGCACCACAGUGUGCAUAAGAUGUUAGGCUUACUAGUAGAGAUCCACAGCGGUCAUGUUGCAAAAGCUGUUCUACAGACAUUUUUCAUUUCAGUUUAUUUAGACACUUAACUAUACAACAGUCCCUCCAGUCUGAAGGAUUUUUUUCAGAGGCAGUGUGUAAGAAGACUUAAAUGUCUUUCUCUAAGAAGGAUAAGGAAUCUGGUCGUUGAUGGUGAUAUGAUCGGUGUGUUCCUUUCUGCUUGAAAAUGCUUUCAAAAAGUUGUGCAGCCUGGGUGACUGAAUAUUUUGAUGCUCUGACACCUCCAUCAUCUGUUUCAGUUUCUUAAGAAAUGUUGAAGUAGAGUGAAUCUCUUAGUGCUGAUUUGUGACUAGACUCUUUCAUUUUUCUGAGGCCACCAGGAAUUAAUACUGCAAAAAGACCUUUGUUUUUGUAGUCUUCCUAAAACAUGCAUUAGAGAAACUGUAAAAGUUUUCCCUCUUGAUCACCUUUUUAGACUCAUGAAAAGAAGUUCCAUAUAUGCCUCAAGAAGAGGAGAAAUCUGAGUCGUAUUUGCACUAGCCGUAGGCCUAAGAGAAAUUUCCUAGCAGGAUUUGCCCUAAACCCCUAGUUGAGCAGUAGCAAGCCAGCAGCAAUGCCUUUCAUGCUAUCCUGCCUACCUGCUGAAGACUAGAGCAGUAUGUGAAUCCAGUUAAACUUUUCAUGGACUGUUUUCUGUCAUGAGUUUUUAAAUACAGCUGCUACUAUUGUGGGUUAUAGACAUCUCAUAAUUCACAGCGCAGCAAUAUCAAAAUCCAACCAGAGAAACCAGAAGGCAACUUAGUACAGUGUAAUGUUGGCCAUAUUUGAUCUUGCUUUUUUAGAAGCAAUUGUGAUGUCUGCACUGAAUGGCAUUUGGCAGGACCGGUGUGACAGUACCUGGGGCUAUUAGUGAAAGGUGCCUGAAAGACAGAUAUGUUUCUUCUGAUCUCCUUACAGGAAGGAGAGGAAACAGUAGGAGACAGUUCCAUUGAUCGGAUACCCGCAAUAGGCCUAGAGAUGAGGUGCUGGAAAACAUUUAGGGUAUCCAUUUUUCUUUUCUCCGAUAAAGCAAAGGGAAAGCAAAGCUGGCCUUGGAGGAUAUACUGUUCUCUGACAUAUGGGGACUCUAGCUGACAAAAAUCACUCACAGCCCACAUGUGUUCUUUCCCCUGACAGCACCAAGAGUGGGCUGAAGUUGGGUGAGCUUACAGCUGAUGGGCCUUCCAGCUGGUGUAAUUUGUAUAAAUAUAUAUUCAAUAAAGCUGUGAAUGAAGUCCAGCAGCUGGGGUUAGAAAUCUGUUACUGGGCAUCAGUCCAGUAUUUACCAAACUAGAAAAAUCCAGUGUGGAACUAUUAUAAAUCUGGGGGCCCUUAGGGAACAUAUCCCUAGAUAACUACAAAUCUUGAUGCAAUAUUAUAAUGAAGGAUGUUGAAGGACCUUAAUGAUAGAUAUGUCUUCAAAUACCUUUCUGUUCAGUUUCUCUUAGCUGCCUUUAUUCUUGGAAGCCUUGCUAAAGCUUUAAACAAUAAGGGCUUUCUUGGCUGCAAAUAAAUAAAAUGGGUUAGCUUGGAGCUGUGUUGAGAAAAUUAGUUGACUAGAUUAGGACCAGAAUAGAUCCUGACUCUGAACAGGAUCUGGAAGUGGCCUAACAGAGUUGAGGAGAAACAUUAGCCUCUUUGAUUGGAAACGUGUAAGCACUGAACUUACAGAUUUUUAUUUGACCUUUGUGUUAACAAGGUAGCCUGGACACAACUGUACUGAUCUGAAGAGUCAUUUAGAUUGCGUGCUGUGGCUUCAGUUGCUGCUGACAACUAGCAGGCAGGGUAGCUUGAUGGGUCAGACAGACUCCUGUUUUUCUAUUAAGUUUUAAUAGAUGUUGGUAUUUUUGAUUAUUUUUACAAUGUAUUUUUUAAGAUUCUACUGCUCUAGUUGGAACCUAAACAUCAUUUUCUGUACCUUUCAGUCCAUUGCCAACUCUGACUACAGUAGCCUGCGAAUUCCAUUACAGAACAUGACCUUUUUGCUAAAAUUUUACAGAAACAGACUAUGAAAUAUGAAUGAAAUAAAGUGUAUACUGGAAAAGUAUGUGGCUUAUUCUAAUGUUACACUGCAGAGUCCUCAAUCUCAAAGCAUGCUUUACAUACAGUUCCACAGCAAAAGUGGGAGAGUGCAGAUGAAAAAGUGAUACUAUGACACAACUCUGUGAAGAGUGUCAUGUGAGCUUUAGCACCCAUGUGAGCUUCAACAGUGACCUAUGUAUGAAUUAAAGCGUUUCUAGGAGAAGCACAAAAUAAAGGUGGGCUAUACAGAAAACUAAAAAUAUAUUUUAGUGGGUGACCAUUGCCAUAGAUCUGUCAUGACAGCCUGGAAGAAUUUUUCCAUCUCUUAACUGUUAUCUUUGUGUGAUGACUGUAUAUCACGCUCACAGUCUGUGCAAAGUAAACUCCUACACUGUACCUUAAUCCUGUCAGCCAGAUAUACAAUUUUACAUUGUGAGGCAAAGAUAUAGAUAUCUUGGCUACAGAAAGAAUUACUUCUGAGUGAAAAAUCUCACCCUUUCUCUUGAAGGAGGACAUUCUUAACUAAAUCUGUAUAAUAACUUCUCAAUAAAAUACAUUUUUCAAAAUG